UUUGGAUUCAACUAGAACAGCAAGUGUCCCAUUUAAAAUCGCGAAUAGGAAACCGGAGUACAAGUGUUUACAGCAAGUGCUCCAAAAACGAUCCCUGAUCCAAGGAGGAACUUCUUUUCAACAUAAUAUUUCUUAACCGAAGUUGAAGCUAUAAUAAAUAUUUCAAACAUCACAAGUUCUUAAAAAAUUUUUAAGGUUUUUGCUGUCUCGAUAAAAGGCAUUGUAUUUUUAAGGCGUGGCACCGAGUGGUUUUUUGCUAAUUUGUAAAGGGGAAGAUGUCGAAUACCGAGAGACCCCGAGCUAGACCAAAGCACCGAAAUAGGAACAGGAUUCUGGAUAGGUCCUGCACCCCGGAUGAUGCACUGGAGAAUCACCUACAAAAUCUUUUCGAGGAGCAGGAAAUACUUCACAACCUGCUCAUUAACCAUCGUCCAGUGAUCAAGUCCCAAUUGGAGGAUCUUGGCGGCGAGAGUAACUAUGAGUUCGACACUCCGGAUGAGGAGCCGGAUGAAGAAAAGGAGCUUAACUUAAAGGAGCCUAUUGAGGAGGAGCCAGAUUUGAAUAACAAGCCAGAAAAUGUAAUCCUGGCCGAGGAUGUGGUGGACGACUCGAGUCCUCCGAAAUUUGAGGAUAUUCCGUUCAUUCCGCCGCGAAUGUAUCCGUAUCGCAAGAAACACAUCUCGAGUAUGAUUUUACAGCCUAAUUCGGUGGGCAAGUGCACCCCACCGAAGCUCACCGGCCAAGGCUUCGAUCCGCCCUUUCUGUAUCCUGAGUUCAUUGCCAAAAAUGAAGAAAGUCGUGUAAACUACAUAUUUACUUUAGUGGAUAGUUUGGUACUGCAAAUGGAGCGUUUUCUUAAAUUGAGCGAGCGUCCGAUUGGCGAUGGAGCCAUAAAAAAGCGUUCCACAGGAACGGUAGCCAAAUGUAAGUCUCAAAGCCAGUUAAAAAUAGAUCGAGUGGGUCAUGCCAAAUAUACGAUAACUGUCAAUCCUCGUUCGAGGGAGCCAAAACAACACAGCCAGUCCAAGAAUCAUCGCUUGAGCAAAAAAUUGGAGCAAUUACAUAACAAAAUGUCGAAAAUAAAUCAAGAAACGGAAUUUGAUUUGGAUUGCGAAUUCGGCAUGGAGCACAUCGAGAAAUUUCGAGCCAACAAGAUUCGUGAUGACUUCCCUGGAGAAUUCAAAGGUGAAUUGGAUCCGGAGAAACCACCUGAAAUUGCAGAUUCUGCUGAAAAGGUAGUCGGUCCAGAAGAAGGAGGGGCAAGAGAGCAGGCCCAAGGUAUUAUACUUCCCUCAAUGGAGAGUGAAUUUUCGCUGCUUUCGAUUUACCAAGCGGCUAAUGCCAAGGCCCGCAAAAAACAGCGAAAACGUCAGAGAAGGGAUGGCAAUAUCACUCCACGACCUGAUACGCCCAUUACACGGACUUGCUCGCCCAUCGAGGAAGAUCCUCCCAAAGCCUCGGGCCAGGGCUCGUUUUAUGAAAUAUUUGCGGGUCAGAGGGACCCCGAUCAGCCGGAAACAAACAUCCUAUCGCCCUGGCGUCUUCUCAAAGCCAGAGGACCUCCACCAUUGGAGGACUGGCAAUGGGAAAUUAUAAGGUUUAUGAGACGGUAUAAUAAAGAAAAAAAGCGUAGGCAAAAGUUAGCAAAAAAGACGAAGGAUGAGAAAAUACCGCCUACAAAACCGAAUCCUUUGGCUAAAAUCAUAAAAAAAAUAGCCUACAUUGAGAGAACUGAACAAAAAUACCCGAAAUCGCGUAUAAAUAAGAAUAAGCCGAAGAAACGACCAAAGUUUUAUAAAGCCUAUCAGAGGCAAAAAGAAUGGCUUAAGUUGUCACGACAAUACAAGCGAGUUCAGUACUUGUACCUCUUUAAGCGCGAAGAUCUCUUUAAGAGCGAUCAUAAAGUGACAAAGGAGCAAGAACGUCAUUUAGACAAUAUUCGGCCCCAAAAACCCGUAAUACCCAGACCCAUGCCCAAAGUAAUAGUACCCGAUAUUCCGGAUGAUGGAUGGCUGGAUGGUGAAGACCCCAACGUGGACCCAAACGCCCCCGAGCAAGUGGACAGGGGUCAGAGGUUGAAGAAUCUCCUCAUGGAUGGUAUUCGCCUGAAGCGGCAAGAGAAGUUGCUUCACUUGGUACCACCCGAAGAUCCUCUAAAAGCCGUCUACUUACCACUGCUCCAGAGACGAAAGAACUUGCUGUAUUUAAACCGUUCGACGACACCGGAAAGGAAACUCGAACCGGAAUUGGAUAUAGAUCUGGAUAGUCCCAGAAGCUUUUAUUCCACUUCCAUGGGUCUCAGUGCCCGGAGCAUUUGUAGUGUCCGGAGCAGUUGUAGUAGCCUCUCCAGUUCCAGUUGUUCCAAGUCGAUAGCCUCAGUCAGCACCCUCUUUUACGAUGCUAAACUUCCACCACAAGAUGUACAAACGGUAGAGGUAUCCCUCAAAAAGGGGGACAUAAAACGCGAUAAGAAGAAAGCAGCUCGUUUACGUCUCUGUGAAGCUGGAAAUCUACAAGAAAGCGAAGAAAAGAAACGCAGAGCAACACGAGGCUAUCAAGAGGAUAAGAUUAAUGAGCUAGAAGAGCAGGAUACGGAAAUACAGCCGGAACAGACUUCGGAUUUCCGGAGAUAUUACGAUAUAGAUGCUGUUUCCCUGCAGAUUCUGCAGUGGAUGGCCAAAAUGAAACCGAAGAAGCGCAAGAAACCCAUCGAGGCUCAGGUUAGGAUCGCAAAAUAUCUAGAUCAUUUCUACUGGGAUCGUUUGCUGCGCGAUGAGCUAUUCUUCCAUUGGUUCGUCAACGAGGGUUUCUUUGCGGCCCACUAUCUCACCCAGGUGAAGGAGGCCAAGGAGCUGGAGGAUCUUACCAAUGACCAGCUGGAUGAGCAGAUUUGCCAGUACAUAGAAGAGGUGAACAAGCCGGAUGGGGAGAAAAUCACACUGACCUGGCAGAUGGGCCACGUGAUGGUGACCUCCUAUUUUCGUGUGCUCCACCAUAGAGCCAGUUCGGAGAAGAGGCAAGUUGAGGAUAAAUUUUUACUCAGAUCCCGCAUGGCCAUUGCGGUGGUGGAGCACUUUCAGGGGGAGCAGGGUCGGGAGCUGAUGAAGGAUCCGGUCAACUGCCGGCGAUUGAUGGAGUGGGCCUUCCGGCACGAGAGUAGGAUUCUACAGGUCUGUAAUGAGCCCCUCGUCUAUGCCCAGGAACGGGCUGGCAUAGACACCUGCCUGGUGAUGCGUACCCCCAACCUGGAGUCCUUCAAUGAGUUCUACUUUCGUCGUGUGAUGCCCAGACCCGAUGCCCUGGCCAUCAAUCCGCUGGUCAACAAAAUCCGGCGUUAUCCGAACCGUGGACGUCUCCAGCCCCACGAGUUCGAUUGCCCCAUUCAAGGUUGUCGCACGGGUCUGAACUCCAAGAUUCUAAUGUCCCACUUCCUCACCGAUCACUGUCGCCGUUUGGAGGAACUUUGGCUCUCGGAUCGCAUGGUUCUGAUGUUCUAUCCCAGUUCGUAUCCACCCACACCGAUCUACUGCAUUUGUGUGAUCGCUUUGCUUGUCAAAAUGCCAAGCAAAUCGGCACCCGUGCCGAGGGUUGUAUUGAACGAGGAGUUGCCCUUGAAAUAUCUGUAUUUCGCUGAGCAUGCACCCUGUUUCCUGAUGUACGCCCAGGUUCAAAGGGCAACGGUUGAGGGCACGGCGGUGCAGAAGCUUCCGCCAACAGCAGGUCAGUUGGAUGACAGCGAUGGGGAAAAGAACACUGUCUUUAUCUUUUGGCUGGCCAUCCCCGAUUUUAAUCUCAAGAAUGUCGCUUGUCGAGUAUACAUUUAUUGCCAAGAUCGCAGUCUCAAGGGAAGGUCCCUCUUGAAGUUCACUAAAAUGUCAAAGUUCAAGAGCGUGGCCGAUUUGUUCAUCAACCAUCCGAAACACUAUCUGGCCAUCGAUUAUCCCACAAUGGCAACGCUCACGAAGGAUUUCAAGGAGAUACUCUUUAUCGAAGUGCGCUAUGUAAACAAAUUGGUUGACGAAUCCGAUGAUUCUGGGGAUGAUAUAUUUGAUGUUUAAAAGUGGAACAUCAUUAAAGACAACUUUGACGAAUAUUUGCAGCUAAAGCGGUUGACUUUUAAAAGUCAUAUAUAUAUUUUUAUACGCUCUUGUGGCUGCCAAAAUUGAAAAAUUGUUAUGUCAUUUUUAAUAAAUAAG